CUGCCCUACAAGCUGCAAAGUCGCCAAGCAUUUGAUUUUAACUGUAUAUUUUCCACAUUUCCUCCAUAUUCUUUUAGUGCCUCUAUGCAUCGUAGAGACGAUGUUAGGCCAUCACUAUCCAAAUGCCGACAAGUCGCAACAACUGGUGAACUAUGUGGAGGAUUAUCUGGAAUGUGUGGAGUCCCUACCUUUGGACAUACAAAGAAAUGUUUCCCUGCUUCGAGAAAUUGAUGCAAAGUAUCAAGAGGUGCUGAAGGAGGUGGAUGAAGUGUUUGAGAAGUACAAAGGUGAGCAGGAUGCAGCUCAGAGGAAGCGCCUGCAGAUCCAGCUGCAGCGGGCGCUCAUCAUCAGCCAGGAGCUUGGUGACGAGAAGAUCCAUGUGGUGACCCAGAUGACGGAGCUGGUGGAGAACCGCUCCCGCCAAAUGGACUCCCACUCCCUGUGCCUCCAGGAGCCCAGCGAGGCAGAGCGGCUCACCACAGAGCGCCGCUCCAGUGUCCAAGAGCCCCCUGCCCCUGAGCGCACUUCAACCCGGCGCCCACGGCGCCAGCGCAACAGCGAGAGCCGUGACUCCAGCCACCCGUCGGCCAACGGGUCUAUGGUGGAUGACGCUUCGGAGGAGCUGUCCAUCCCUCCUCCCCGGGAAAAGAAGUCCAAGUCUGCUAAGAAGAAGAAGCGCAAGUCCAAACAGGAACGGGACGCCUCGCCGGUAGAAUUCGCCAUCGACCCCAAUGAGCCCACCUACUGUCUCUGUGAGCAGGUGUCUUAUGGCGAGAUGAUUGGCUGUGACAACGACCAGUGCCCUAUUGAGUGGUUCCACUUCUCCUGUGUGGGCCUGACCUACAAGCCCAAGGGCAAGUGGUACUGCCCCAAAUGCAGAGGGGACAACGAAAAGACCAUGGACAAAAGCCUAGACAAGAACAGAAAAGAUCGCCGUUCCAGGUAGUGACCUUCAUCUCGAAGAGGUCUUCAGCCCGAGGGUUAGGACUGUCGGUCGUAGUUGAUAACAGUACUCGUGAUGUUGUAAGAGCACAAUCGAACACCAUUAGUAGCAGCGCUUAUUAAUCAAGGACGAGUUGUAUUUGAACUUGUGCUGUUACAUCACUGAUUGUUCCCACUGGCUAUAAGUGCACUGUGGUCUGUAGGAAGUCCAGCUGCUGCAAGAAUCAUCAGCUUGAAGCUGCCAUCAUCCUCAAGUGUUUUGCUUUUUGUGGGACUUUUUUUUUUUUUAUUAUUUUGACUUAUAAGAAAAAAAAUGAAAGCAUCGUUUGGUUUAGUAUCCCUUUUCAUUCUGGUCACGUUCCUAAUAAAAAAUAAGGUAUUCCUGCUAAUGGUCAUGAUCUUCUUCAGUUUUGGCCAAACUCUUUAUUUUAACUUUCUAAAUUAUACUCAGUUGUUUGGAAUCUGUCUAAAUCUGUCUUUAUACAAUAAUGGCUUCUAGAGAAUAACCCUCACAUGUUAUAUGUUUACAAGAGAUUGAUAUUUAAUUGAGGAGAUGAUUGUUGAUGGGACACUGGAAUAGAGCGUCAUGUUUGUGGACUUAACGUUUUCACUGGUUCACUAUCACUAUUGUGUACAUUUCUUUUUAUAUUCAUUAAAACAAAGUAUUGUCAUUCAGUUACCUGCUCUGUUUUCUUCGCUAUGAAGUCAGCCAUGUUAGUCACCAGUCAUCAGUCCAAC